AUGAUAACAGACCAACCGGCACGGCCCUGAUGUGCGAUGUUAUUACGGCGCGCGCUUACACAACCGCCGAGAACAUUCGUGUGUUUACAUUCGACCGAGCGAGUUGUUGAACGGCUCGUUCCGCGUAUCACGGCAUUUUAUCCGUUGAGAAACGAUCGUUAUGAUUUUCUAGAAAACGUAUAACUUUUAUAUAAUCAGCAAUUAAAACACGAUAAAAUAAUCUUGAAGUGUACAGUGUUUGUCGUGCUGAUUUAACUCAUUUAUGAAUAUCGAAUGGAUUGUAACCAUAAUGCGACAACCUUUGUCCUCUCUUCGCGUUCUUCCGUCGCGACAUAUAAUAGGAACAUUUGUGGUGCAAUUAACAUCGGGAAUGCCAUACAAAGUGCCGUGCGAUUAUCCUAUUCUGGUGAUUAAUACGCAUGAUCGUAAUAAACCGUAUUUCCGCGAGUGUUGUAUUAUGCCAGUGCCAAACGUAUCUGAGAGAAGGAAGAGACUUGGGAAGUAUCUGGGGACGACGGAACAACAAUGGGUUCAGCGUAGUUUCAACGUAGACACAAUUCCACUAUUGCGCUCGUAUCGACGUACAUACGAAAGGCCCGACAUCCUGCGGAAAAACCUGCAGCUCAAAGUCCAUGAAGUCCCGGAGCAGAAAAUUACGGAAAAUGGAGACUGCGGGAAAUUCUGAGAUAGAGAUGGAAGUGUACCAGAGGAGUAACCGGCGUUUAUCGCUCAGGUGUUGACUUUGCGUCUGUCAAAAACGAUGAAAAAAGGCUACGGACGCUCUAACGAGUGCGGACCAUGAUACAUUAUUUAACCAGAUGAUAAAUAGCGACCACUGAAGACGGAAAAUAUACUGUUGCCGUGAUGGAGGCUCACGUCGAUCAAGCCGCAAACGCAACCGUGGAAAAUCCAGCCUUCAUCGAUGUACCAAUCAUCUUGAGAGCUAUCGUGCUUUGUCUCCUUAUACUCAUCACUAUCGUAGGAAAUCUAUUCGUGAUAGCGGCUAUCCUAUUAGAGCGAAACUUACAAUCCGUAGCAAAUUACUUAAUUGUCAGUUUGGCUGUCGCGGAUCUUAUGGUCGCCUGCCUCGUUAUGCCUCUCGGAGCAGUUUACGAGAUAAACUCGGCGUGGUCACUCGGCCCAGAGCUCUGCGACAUGUGGACCAGCAGCGACGUUCUGUGUUGCACAGCCUCGAUAUUGCAUCUGGUGGCCAUCGCGGUCGACAGAUAUUGGGCAGUCACCGAUAUCAAUUAUAUACAGGCACGGAAUCCGAGAAGAAUCGGCAUCCUGAUCGUCACUGUGUGGGUGGUAUCCUUAGGAAUCUCAUUAGCGCCUCAGCUCGGAUGGAAGGAUCCUGAUUAUUUGGACCGCAUAGCCCAAGGGACGUGUCUCGUGUCGCAGGAUCCUGCAUAUCAGAUCUUCGCAACUUGCGCGACGUUUUAUGUUCCGUUGCUAGUUAUUUUAUUCCUGUAUUGGAGGAUAUUUCAAGCGGCGCGAAAAAGGAUCAGGAAGAGGCCCGGCACCAUCCUCCAACCACCACGUGAACGGAGGGGCAUCCUCAGGCUCGUCACGAGGAGGCCGCGCGAGGAGUCGACGGCGUUCACCAUCACGAGAUCCACGCCGGACCACUCGUCCAUCUCGCCGGAGAAAUCGUCGUCGUAUAACGGCGCAAAUGCCACGCCGUCGACGACGGUGACGCCGACGGCGGUCUCGACGACAACGACGACCACUACCACGACGACGUUGACGAAUCCGACCAGCACGAGCCAGCAGCUGCAGGUGGUGAAAUGUACGAAACGCUCGCGCGAGACAAUCGAGUCGAAACGCGAGCGUAAAGCGGCCAAGACCCUGGUGAUCAUCACCGGCGCCUUCGUCGCCUGCUGGCUGCCGUUCUUCUUCGCCGCGCUGCUGCAAGCCACAUGCCAGACCUGCAAGCCACCCGAGAUUGUGUCCAGUGUGUUUCUGUGGCUCGGAUACCUCAAUAGCACCCUCAACCCCGCGAUUUAUACUGUGUUCUCGCCGGAAUUUCGGCAGGCAUUCAGAAGGAUGUGCGGUGGUACGCGGAGACUUCGCUGACAGUGGAUUUAAUUCCUUUGCUCCGUGCACGCGGUCAGAUGAAGAAGAUACGUGAAACUACUCUUUAUAUAUAUAUAUAUAUAUAUAUAAAGCGUGCACACGUUCGCUGUAACUAUCGUUUUCCUUGGUGUUGUGUAAUCUCGGGAUGCCCACCUUUAAAUAUUAUUCUAUGAAAUGGUUACACUCGUAUAAUUAUCUACGUAUUUUUUAUGAGAGAAAAAUCGUUGAUCAUAUUUAGCUUUGAAAAUUUUUUCAAAUAACUCAGAAAUUUGAGGAUAUCUCAUUUUCAGGUACAAUUAUUAUCUUGUCUUAUUAAUAUAUUUUUUAAAUUUUCACUAGUGAUAUCCUUAUUAAUUACUUAAAAUAUAUUCUUUAAAUCGUCAAUUCUUUGAUCAAAAUCGAUUUUUUAAGCAUCUAAACACACAACACUGCUUCUUCCUUUUACAAUUUUUCCGGAUGAUAAAACUCUGCGCAGUUACUCUUAUAGAUACUGUUAAGAUGAGUAUUACUCGUAAACCAAAAUAACUAAAAUUCCACUCGCAUUAAUUAUAUUUAACAUUAAUCGUCGAUAAACGAUUCUACGUAGACUAUUUUUGCGAUACGCUUCCCAUCGGAGAAUCAAACGAACGACAAUGGUGCAACAUUACUCGCGAUUUUAAAAUGUAUAAACAAGCGAAAAUAUUUUAUUGCAGGGGCAGGUACUCCUAUAAAUAAUUUAUGAAUUUAAGUCUUUAAAAUCAAAGUCAGAGCAUAUCCUAACUUAUAAAUUGGACGACAUAUAUGAGAACUUUUAUUGCUCCAAGAAUAUAAAUUUAAGCUAAAGUUAUACAUUUUUUUAUUGUAAGUAUCGA